UUGUAUUUCCAGGAGUUCGUUAAUCAUGAAGUGUUGAAGCUCGAAGGGAUUCUGUUGUGAAGCUGCAAUGGGGCGGAAAGCUACCCUUGCUACUUGUGCGUUGAAUCAAUGGGCUCUCGAUUUUGACGGAAAUUUGAACAGGAUCCUCAUAAGCAUUGAAGAUGCUAAGCGAAUGGAAGCGAAAUACAGGACUGGGCCAGAGCUUGAGAUCAGCUGUGAGGACCACUUCUACGAAAGUGACACAUGUCUUCAUUCCUGGGAAGUCCUAUCAAGGCUUCUUGUACAUCCCGUCUGCCAGGACAUGGUAAUCGACGUUGGUAUGCCCAUCAUGCACAAAAAUGUUGUGUACAACUGCCGAGUGGUCUUCUUGAAUAAGAAGAUCUUAUUAAUUCGACCGAAGAAAGCUAUGUGUGAUGACGGAAAUUACCGGGAAUCGCGAUGGUUCACGGCUUGGCGGAAAGACCGCAUUGUGGAAGAUCAUUACUUGCCGCGGAUGAUCAGCGCUAUAACAGGACAAGAUUCUGUGCCUUUCGGAGACGGAGUUCUAUCGUUGCGUGACACCUCUCAUAUAAAUCAAGGGUUGGACGGUGUGGAGAUCUUCGUGAACAGUUCGGGUUCGUAUAGUGAGCUCAGAAAAGCGUACUAUCAUGUGGAACUAAUCAAAUCGGCUACUGCUAGAAGUGGCGGUUGCUACUUGUUUGCGAACUUGCGUGGCUGCGAUGGACAACGAAUCUAUUUCAACUCUUGUUCGUGUGUAGCCGUUAAUGGUCACAUCGUCUCGAAAACCAAGCAGUACGAUCUGGAAGAAGUUGAGGUAGCUGUGGCCACUAUCGACCUUGAAGACAUCCGCGCGUACCGCAAUGCAGUGCGAAGUCGUAGUCGUCUUGCAGCUGAACUCACACCGUCUUUUCCUCGGAUCCGAGUGGAUUUCGCGCUGUCUAGCCGGGACGAGGAGAUUUCUGUGCCGCCCUCGCUGCCUCUGGAAUGGGAUUAUUAUUCAGCUGAAGAGGAAAUAUCCCUUGGACCUGCCUGCUGGCUCUGGGAUUAUUUGAGGAGGAGCAGUCAGGGAGGAUUUUUCCUUCCUCUGAGCGGGGGCGUUGAUUCUUCGAGCGUAGCGUGCAUCGUUGCUUCCAUGUGUCGCUUGGUAGUGGAAGCCGUUGGACGCGGGGAUGAACAAGCGUUGCUAGAUAUUCGGCGCAUCGUUGGGGACAAUAAUUACUUGCCUUCGGACGCGAAGGAAUUGUGCAAUCGAUUAUUCGUUACCUGCUAUAUGGGUUCUGAAAAUUCGUCUGCGGAAACAAAAGCUCGAGCAAAGGCAUUAGCAGGAGAAAUUGGGAGUUAUCACAUGGACAUUUCAAUUGACUUGGCGGUCGCCGCCCUGCUUCGAGUUUUCACAAUGGCAACCAACGCCCAACCACGGUUUAAAGCAUUUGGAGGAUCGCCGCGUGAAAACCUGGCUUUACAAAACGUACAAGCACGAGUUCGAAUGGUGAUCUCGUAUCUUUUCGCGCAAUUGAUGCUGUGGGUUCGUGGGAGACCGUCUGGGGGACUGCUUGUGCUUAGUUCGGCCAAUGUUGACGAAGCCUUGAGAGGAUACAUGACGAAAUACGAUUGUUCUUCGGCAGAUUUGAAUCCGAUAGGUUCAAUUUCAAAGUCGGAUUUGAAGAAGUUUCUCUUGUACACUCUGCGCACACAUGGAUUAAAGAGCUUGGAAAGCAUAUUGAAUGCUCCUCCUACAGCUGAGUUAGAGCCUCUGCAGAAUGGACAGCUUGCGCAAACGGACGAAGUUGAUAUGGGGAUGACGUACGAUGAAUUGUCAGUUUUCGGAAGGCUGAGAAAACAAUCCGCUUGUGGACCAUUUUCGAUGUUCUGUAAGCUGAUCCAUACCUGGGGUGAUCGGUGUUCACCAUCCGAGGUUGCUGAGAAGGUAAAGCAUUUCUUCCGGUGCUAUGCCAUCAAUCGACACAAAAUGACGACAUUGACGCCUGCGUAUCACGCUGAAACGUAUAGUCCGGACGACAAUCGCUUUGAUCAUCGACCAUUUCUUUACAAUGUUCGCUGGAGCUGGCAGUUCCGAGCGAUCGAUCAUCAGGUCGAUGCCCUUCGACAGUCGCGUCAAAUGGAGAAAAAAGUUACGAUGGAAAAAAGGACGAACAAGAUGACGGAAAAACAGCCUGCGGAAGAAGGAUCGUCGUCGCAACCGCAAAAUGAUGGUGGGAAUGUGGGACAACGAAGCGAUGUUGACCGUAUAGGCAUGGAGCAAAGCGACCUUCCGGAAACCCGGCUAACGAGCCUCGAGUCGUUCGAAAACUCUUCUGACUCCGGCGCCGACUCGCCGAAUGUCCAACCGGUUCUUCCCGAAAUCGACAAGGGAGUUGAAAAGAAGAUUCUCUUCAAUUUUGACCCUCAUGAAAAUGAAGAUGGCCGUAAUGGCAGUGUUGAUGCCGGAUCCGUGGGAACGUUCCCGAUGCAAGUGCUUCCGUCACGGUUCAUGAUGUCGAAUGGAACAGCUGAACUGAGGAGAUUACUGAAAAACACUUGCGGGGGUGUGCAGGCCGGGCUCUCCGAGAAGCGCGUGAGUCUGGAAGCGGUAUUGUGUAAUGCUUGCUUGUUGAACGGAGGCUGGGUUCAUUUCUUUGCUUCCGUCUUGUUCGGGUUGGGUUUCGGAGUUGAACUGUUUCCUCCGGCAUUUCGUGGACUUGACUCGAUGUGCUCGUCAAACGGAGUGCAGCUAGGGAAAUUAUGGGUUCAACUAUUGGUGGGAAAAAGCUUGGGCUUAGCAAAAGUUGUGAUUUUCGGGUCAUUGGCGUAGUUCUUGUUCGAAUCGGAAGUUGCGCUUCGCGGAUUCUUGAUGCGCGUGUGGAAGUGAAGCCUCGAGCGGGUUCAUCUGUUUUUCUCAAAUUUUUCCAACGAAUUCCGAGAUAAUCUUUCGGGAGCUUAUUUAGUUUAAUAAGAGUCUGAGACUAGAGAAGUCGUUUACCGACCAAGCAUUACCUCAUUAAGAUUUUUUCGACUGUAUCGUGGAAGAAAAUUCCGAGGGCUUUCUCUCUCCAUGAAAGGUCGAGCUGGAAAGAAAGCGUGAAAAGAUUCUGCGCCAGUUUCGUGGAUAAUUUCUCCUGACAGAAUGCACUGAAUAAAUUAUCUGUCCUAUCUGCUGAACGAAUAGUAGCCGUUCGCGAACGCUUUUUUUCUUCUUCUGAGAAGUGAAAGCAGUACCGGAUUUAAUCUCGAUGACACGAAUUCUUUGCUUGUUGAAGUUAGUUUCAACAACGUAGACAGAUCAGUUCAGAGUAGAUUGCUUCUGCUCGAAGAAGUCACGAUUGUGUCUUUGAUUGUAAAGAAAAAUUAUUCGAGUAAUAUUUAUUAUGACGAUUGCUUUCCAGCGAUUUUCGCCUGUUGAUGACUUCGCUUUAAGUACAGCUCCAUGCUUCCAAAGCGUUUUCUUGCAUUUAAUCUUGAGCACAUCGAACGUUCGUGUGACAAAGUUUGAUGCAAAUCUGCUGGUACCGCAAAAAAUUGUAUUUUUUGCGGUACCAGCAGAAAAU